AUGCACAGAUCGGGGGUAGUGAUGGCGUGGAAUGUAUUCAAGUUCUGUACCGUCCUGCGUGGGCUGGGGUCUAUCAUGAUCUUUCUUGUCCUUGGAAUCAUCGGCCUCUCGUACUACGCCAUCGUGCUUACUAAUUAUGGCCCGGCCUUGUAUAGUGGCGUACUCGGAGAGGCUGCCGUCGCCCUUGCCAUCUUGGUCCUCUUCCAUUGCUUGGUGCGUUUCUUUAAUUUUCUCUUGUCGUCCUCUCAUUUUAGAACUGAUAUCCUAUUUGAGAUGGAUGUCCCGAGAAUUCGGUGAUGAGAUGAUCCAACCUGUGGUCUUUUCUCUUCAGGUUUUUUAUAUAAGAGGAUAUUGUUCCUUUUAGAAGGAAAUAACUCGACGUUUUUUAUGCUUUAGUUCUCUGUUGAUGAUUAACGAAUAAUGUGGAAAUAGAUUCCGUGGUCCAUUAUCUGGGAGUAACUUAUUUUAUGUCACCAAUGAAAGAUAUUGAAACCUGUAAAAAAUUAAUUAAACAGAAAAUAUUCUAUGCUGUUCCUGUUUUGCUUUUUAGGGCUUAAAAUCCACUAUUAGAGCAUAUAUAAAUACAUUAAGGAUAGUUGAAAAAGAUCACGACCCAUGGUUAACACAUCUUAAUUCACAAAAUCAGGGUACAGACCCUUUCCUGUGUCACCAAGACUGGUAUGUUAAAAUAGUAGAUCACAAGACUGUAGAAAUCCAGAAGCGAGGAGAUUUUCUAAUGGAAAUGGCAUAGUUUCUUGCACUUUAAGGAUCAACCGGAAUUCUGUGAUGUUUUUUAGCCUGCAGCACAUGGUUUCCCAUACAAAAAUUCUCUCGUGAAGAUGAUUUCUCGCACCUCCCCCAUUCCCUUCUGGAUGAUUUCUAUAUUUCUCUCCUUCCAUCAUUCCCAAUAAUUUCCGAUAGCAUCUAGAGCUGCCAUCUACCUCUAAUUCUCUGAAUCCUUUGAAAAUUGUGCGACAAUUUUUUUCAAAGCACCUCAUGAUUUUCUUUAUAUGGACAUUGAACUAGUAAUCAAGACAUGAUCAAUUGUUCAUGUGCAGAUUCUACGAAAUAAGCAUGUAGUGUCUUUGCCUUUUUCUGAAUUUUGUAAAAAAAAACUACUCUUUUGUUCUCGGAUUGAUCUUAUUCAUGCAUUUCUUUACUACAAGCGACAUGUCUAGACUAGUGGUUCUCAAGGGUGUAAUCUUUUCGUUUGCUAAUAUCAUUUAAUCUGAUAAGAUGGAUCUUUUUUUUUUCAGUUGGUUAUGCUUCUGUGGAGCUACUUUUCCGUGGUUUUAACUGACCCAGGCAGUGUCCCACCGAAUUGGAGACCUGUUGUGGACGAGGAGAAAGCAGACACAAUUCCAUUGACAGUCCCUGACUUGGGCAGUCCGAUUCUAAGCUCGCAGUCUGUAUCUCUUGCUGAUACAUCAAACCCAAGAGUUAGAUACUGCAGGAAAUGCAACAAUUUGAAACCGCCCCGUUGUCACCAUUGCUCAGUUUGUGAGUGCAUAUAUUAUGAUUUUUUUGCGAAACCCUUCAUAUUUUUUUUAAAAUGUUCCCUUGUUGAUAUUCAUUUUUUUAAUACCAUAGUCCUUUUUUUUAGGUGGAAGAUGUGUGCUUAAAAUGGACCAUCACUGUGUCUGGGUCGUCAAUUGCGUUGGGGCAUUAAAUUAUAAGUUCUUUCUUCUAUUCCUGGUACGUUCAUUGAAUGUUGCAUCAUUUUUCUGUUUGCUGAAAUGUAUUUGGUCGGCAUGCUUCCUUAUAAUCCCCUCUUCCUGCGCCCUGCGUAUCUCUGACAUCUUGGGUAAUAGGUAAUUUAUUAUGUUGACACGACCGUAAAUUCAUUGAUUUAUAUGAUUCUUAAAAAUUACCCAUCAGUUUAAAGCCUGUGCAGUCUUAGGAAAAUACUUAAAUAAAAUCUAUUCAUUAUUAAAAAGUGUCAGCGUUGGACACGUAAUAUGACUGCGUCUAUUCAUCGUGGAGUACGAGUUUAGGUGCCGCUACACAUGUGAUCGGUUGGUAGGCACCUUGUGCAUCUCAGAGCUUGUUUCAGAAAUUUUUUUCUUCGCUUACACUUGUAGAUGCCAAAUAGUCUCGGUAAAUGUUUCUCUUAGAAAUCCAUUCUUAUUAUAAAGGUUGAUGGCAAAGGUAUUGAUGUGUAGAUUGGGAGAGAAUUUUAGCUGCACUGUCUUAAUUUGGCUUGUUUCUGCUUCAUCAGAAAAUUAAGAUGUUGAGCCACAUGAUUUGUGAACAGUUGUCUUUGGCAGAUAGCUUUCCAUACAGAAUCUUGGCGAUUCUUCUUGCCACUACACGAACAUUAUUCUAUAAUGACGGCAAUAAUAUCCGAACCCGUGUAUCAUUUAGUGGUGCAGCCACUUGCUGAAUACUUAUCUAAUAAUGUGACCGAAAAAAUUUCUUCCUGUUAACCUGAAGCAUACAGUUAAAGAUGUCCACCAUACUGUAUCUAAAUGAACGAUCAUGACCAAGUAAUUCAGGAAUCUGCAGUUUGCUGGUUUAUUUGCAAAUCCUAGACAUGGCUGACUCAUGUGGAAAGGUGAAAAAAAUUAAGAAACUAGGAAGUGAUAUUCUUGUGCUCAUUCUUAUGUGGAAAUGGGCAUUUUUAUUUAUGGAAUGAAAAUAAUAUAUAUGAACAGAGCCUUUCGUAAGGUAGAAUGCACAACAGACCUUACUGUCUUUGAAGUAUAUUCUACGUAGCUUCCAAGUAAAGCUAUGAAUCUACCGCAUAGAACCAUGGGAUAGCCAUGGACUUCGCAGACAAGAAGAGAGGGCGAUGAGAUGAUAGAUGGAUCUCCAUGCAAAUAGAGGUAUAUGGGUAUUUCUGUUCAAAAGACUGCUGUCACCGUCUUUGGUUUCAAGAUCCUGUGAAAACUUAACAUUGACCCAAGACAAUAUGGUUGGAUUACUUCAUGCUGCCUAAGGUCUUGGCAGAGAUAUUUCACGAAAUCCUUGCACCGUCCAUGCAGUGUGUUGGUAGAUCCCGCUUCUCAGAUCUUCACACCAUGAGUAACCGGCCUUGUAAACUUAAGUUUCUUAGCUAAUUUUUUUUAUAAAUACAUGAUUAUCAUAAUGUUGUGGUUCGAUCUCCUUAAACACUUCUGCAUCUAGAACUGUGCUUACAUUUUGAAAAAUGACCAGAUCUUCCGUAUUCCUUGUUGUGUAUUUCUGCUCGUUAAACACCCGAUAUGAUCCUCAUUAAUAACCACAAUGACCUUGUAGAAUGACAUAUGGAUGUUGUGUUGUUCCUUGUUGUGCCUGCAGUUGUAUGCUUUUCUCGAGACAACUCUGGUAACCUUGUCGCUGCUGCCUCACUUCAUUGCGUUCUUUAAUGAUGGGGUGAUUCCUGGAUCACCUGGAACACUUGCCACCACUUUCAUAGCAUUCGGUAAAACAACUUUAUGAUUAUUAUACAAAUAAACUUGUGAUUAUAAAGACGGGUUCUACUUCAUUGACAGCCAACUGGUUUUGAGUUGGAUGGCUCCAUUUAUUCUAACAUAGUAUCAGAGCCAGUGGUUUCUCUUGGGCUGAUAGCAUCCCAUUCACGUUUUCCUCAUAAGAAUGGUCUCAUGUAGGUUACUAUCGAAAUAAAAAAAUCUAAGAUUACAAAAAGGCUUUCCUCUCGUGGCUAUCGAGUUGAAUGGCUCGCUAAUUCUUGCAACCUUCUUGUUUACGAGCCACCAUAUUGCUAGAAUAUCUUAAGCAUGCAGCCUGACUGUUUCAUUCUCGUGUGCCCAGUGUUGAACUUGGCUUUUUCGCUGAGUCUUCUCGGGUUCAUGAUGAUGCAUUUUUCUUUGGUCUCGGGUAACACCACCACCAUUGAGGCAAGUCUCUGGCUCCUGCUUCCUCUCAUACUCGUUCCAUACCUGGAGCCCAAUACUAAAAGCUUUCCAUCGAAAUCCCCAGGCAUAUGAGAAGAAAACGGCCCCAAAAUGGCGCUAUGAUCUUGGCAGAAAGAAGAACUUUGAACAGGUCUGUGCUCAUCUGCCUCCUGCCAUUUUCCUCUCAUUCGAAUCCGCCUAGGCUUACCACGAGUUGCGUUGAGAAACGCAGGUGUUUGGAGCCGACAAGAGAUACUGGUUCGUCCCCUCCUACUCAGAGGAGGAUCUGAGAAGGAUGCCCGCCCUUCAGGGCCUGGACUUUCCUUCCAGGCCCAACUCGGGCGCCCAGGAGCUCUGA